UCGGGCCUGGUUGCAAUCUUCAGGGGAGCGGGGGCGGGGCCGGCGAAGAGCCGGAGCUGCGCGGGACACUAGGGAACUUGGUGCCCCACGCAGCUGCCCGUGGGUAAGGACGGCCCUGCCGGGAGGGAACCGCUAGGGCGGAGCAGCUUCCUCCUCCCCCUGCCGCAAAGGAAGCCGCCGCUACAGCCUGCUCCGCCCCUCCACGUGAGCUCCCUGCCCCGGGGCCCUGCUCUCCGCCUGGCCGCUCCAGAGAGGCGCGGAGCUGGGGAGGGCGCAGCCGGCCAGUGUCUAGGUAGCAGCAGCGCUCGGCCCUCGCCUCCUGCCCUGGGGGUGUCUCGGGCUAGACACGGGGCAAGGCCUCCCACUUCCUCCCGGGACCAUGAGACUCUCCGCGGGGGCUGCCAGCCCUUUGCACGCUGCGGCGCUGCUGCUGCUCGCCGCCGUCUGUCUCUCCGCGUCCGGGACUACAAAUACAUCCAUUCCAACCACAAUCACACAAUCCACUUCAAAUACUUCAGCAAGUGGUAUAAAUGUCACUCGCACGACUACAUUGGGUUCUACCAAAACAACCGCCACCCAGACCACCACCACCACCACCACCAACCUGACAACCACCACCACCAACCUGACAACUAUAUCAACCACCACCUCAAAACCCACAACAACCAUACAGUCAACAGCCAGUGUCACAGUGACCACUUCCAAGACUAUGUCUCCUUCCAGCUCCAUAACAGCCACGCCAAAAUCUGCAACUGUGCUAGCCAGAACUUCCAGAUUUGAUGUGGGCAGUUUUUUCGGUGGCAUUGUGCUGACACUUGGAAUGUUAGCCAUUCUCUACGUUGGAUGUAAAACAUAUCACUCAAGAAGAGGUGUUCAGUACAGAACCAUACCUGUAUGGACACUUAGGAAAUAAUGACCACAUUGUCAAAAUUGCUAUUGAUAAAAAGCAGGUAAAGUGAGGUACUUGAUCAGUUGGAACAUGUGAUAUACCAAUUAGUGAAUCUGAGUGAAAUGCACCGUGGAAGUUAAGAGCUGGUUAAUGAACCUAUCAAACGAGUAAAAUCUAUUUUGAAAGGGGUGUGGAUAACUGAAAAAGCAUUAGACAAUUAGGAGGAAAAAACAAGUGUUUCUCAGAAGUGAUGUCCUGGUAGUUACCAUUUGGCAUCUUUAAAUCCAAAUGUUAGGAAAAUCUAGAAGAAAUUGGAGAAAAUUAUAAAGAACAGAUAUCAGGGGUCUUAUUUUCAGAGCAACUGGGCACUAGCAGCUCCCUCCUGGACUUCAAUUGGAGUUUUGGAUGCUCAGCACUUCCAAAAGUCAAGGCCGAAAAGGAUGACACAACCGUAAGCAAGAAGCAAUGCAGGUUUAUAGACACAAAUCAGGCUAAACAAACUUAAUUGUUUUUUCUGACAAAAUUUCAAAAUUAUUGAUUUAAAGAGAAGUAAGGUAGAUGACGACUUGCCACCAAAACUGUCAUUGCCUUCAACCAUUAUUAUACAUCAGACAUUUUAUUUUGAUUGCAAAUUCUCCAUCAUUAGCAAAGCAGCUAAUGCAGGCAAUCAUUACACAUCAAGAAAUUUGUUACCAGAAUGCCCUAUAUUAAAAUCCUGUUGUUAUUAAUAAUUAUAUUUAUAUUGCAGUAAGACCCAUAGAUCCCACCCCAAUUGUACUAGGCACAAUACAAACGUAACAGAGAGAUGAUCCCUGCCCUGAAGAGUGUACAAUCUGUGGGUCAAUGGAGCCAUUCUUUUUCUAAAGCCAAUUCUUUUUUCUAAAGCCAAAAAGGGAGCAUCAGGUAUCCAAAGAAUAUCGGAUUGGGCCUGUGUGCAGCAAGAAAAAAUGUUCUCUGUGUUCUGGUGACAUACUUGUUGUUUCUCUUAGUUUGUGUAACUGCUGUGGUAAUGUCUGUGGGUAGUAAAUAAAACACCAAGUAAAACAUUUGAUGUGUAAUAGCAAUUGAAGUCACAGGAGUGUUGGGUGAACAAGACAUGCAGAGCCCAAGUGUCUUGUUUGGCCAAAUAAUACACUAUUAGCCAUUUGUUUCAAAAUGUUUACCUGCCCCAAAAAGGGUAUCUACAUUGGAUUGGGGUUUUCAGAAGCCAUUAAAAAAAUGCAAUCCAGUACAUAAAUUCAUGUAGGAUUAACACUAGAAAAUUGUCUUGUUUGGUUUUUAAAUAAUUUCAUUUUUGAGAGUAAAAGAGAAGAGAGAGAAAUAGUGACUAGCUUCAAUCACUAAUAUAGGCAAGGGAAGAUAGAAUAAAAUGUACCCAUUGUGAACUUUGGUAGUUACUUAGCUAGAUGAAUGAAAUAUGAAAACACUGCAAUGUCUUUGUGCAAGGCUUAAGGCAUGUGGUGAAAGAUAAGUGUUUUAACACCAGGCCUGGUUCCGAGAAGCACUGAGUAACAGAAAAUCCCAUACAGGCAUUGUGGGUGCUCAGCACUUGCCAGUAGCAAAUAAACCUUGCUGGCAAUAAAGUGGGUCAUGACAUUCUGAAACUUUUGAUAUUGUGUUAUAGACCAUUGAUGCUUUUGCAAAUGAUUAAUUACCAUGUUUCUG